GGAACAAGAGAGGCGACCGGCGGCAGCCACGGCCGACACUGAGGCCGUGACCGACGGCAGCCACGGCCGUCACCGGAGACCGACGAAGGCGACCUGCUACACCGCUGACUCACUUCUUCCAUUUAUCCUGUUAAGAUGUCCUCAAGCGGAAGUGAUAGUGGAGGGAGUAAUUACUCAAAUGAAGAGCAUGACGAAGAUGUACAGCUGAUGCACCUACAUGAAAUGAUGAUAAGCAAUCUUGCUUCUGCUGUAACUGUUGUUGAAAAGUACCACAUGACCUACUUGGAUAAGAAUGAACCUAGGACUUCAAUUCUCAGUGGAAUGGGCUGGGUGAAAGAAACCUUGCGCACUCCAAGGGAGAGCCACCGCAUGUUUUGUAUGAAUUCUACAAUGUUUCACAAUCUGCAUGAUCUUUUGGUGAGUACGUAUGGUCUGAAAUCAACUACGCAUAUGAGUACAUUUGAAGCUCUAGCACUCUUCUUGCACAUUUGUGAUGAAUGUCACUCAAAUCGGGGAGCGCAAAAUCGAUUUAAGCAUUCCGGUGACACAAUCAGUAGAAAGUUUGAUCUUGUUCUGCACAGCUUGGUAAAGAUGUCUAAAGAUUUUGUGCGACCAAAAGAUCCAAACUUCUCUACUGUUCAUGAUAGAAUCAGAAAUGAUAGGAGGAAGUGGCCACAUUUCAAAGACUGCAUUGGAGCUAUUGAUGGAACCCACAUACUUGCAACUGUUAAGCCUAAGGAUGUCAUUAGAUAUAUUGGCAGAUCAGGUAGUACAACUCAAAAUGUGAUGGCUGUAUGUGAUUUUGACAUGCGCUUCACAUAUGCGUCUAUUGGCCAGCCAGGUGCUAUGCAUGAUAGUGUGCUUUAUCAUGCAUUAGACGGAGAUAAAGACAUCUUUCUGCAUCCUCCAGAAGGAAAAUAUUAUCUUGUUGAUGCUGGCUAUCCAAAUCGUCCAGGCUAUUUGUCACCAUUUAAGGGCCAAAGAUAUCACGUUCCUGACUUCCGAAGAGGUGUUGCUCCUAGUGGCGAGAAAGAAAAAUGUAACCAUCUGCACUCAAGUAUUCGGAAUGUCAUUGAGAGAACUUUUGGUGUAUGGAAGAUGAAAUGGCGAAUUCUUCUCAACAUGCCAAGCUACCCAUUGUACAAGCAAAAGAUGAUUGUUGCAGCAACCAUGGCUUUGCACAAUUUCAUAAGGGAGCAUGGUAUGACUGAUAGGCAUUUUCAUAGAUUUGAUCGGAGUCCUAACUAUGUUCCGACAAUACCGACGAGGUAUAGGAAAUAUAUUAUUUCCAAGAUGCAUCAGACUCAUCAAAUCAAGCACGAGUGAUAGGUCAAUGGAUAAGUUCCGUGACGACCUUGCAAAGGCAAUUGCUGAAUCUACAAGCUAGAUGUUGUGAAUAUUUUCUAUGUCAUACUAUUUUUUGUUCCGAGACAACUAUGGGUAGAACAUUUUAUUUCAUCUAUUUAGAUUGAUCAUGUUCAUUAUAUACACUUGGAAAAGCUGCUACACAUAUAACAUAUAUUGUUAUAUACAUUCACCACUCUGUUGUUGUGUGAUAAUCAUGGGACCACUUGUAGCACACACAUGUGAUGGUUAUAAUUGCAAUCAACGUACGAUGAUGCUUCAGAAAAACUCAAAAUGAAUUGUUAACUAACGCUCAAUAUUCCUAUUCCUAUAUAAUAUGUUAAUGUUCACAACAUGUCAUGGUAUGCCGGACGUAUAUGCAGAGGGGUGACAAAAGUAUCACAAUCAAGGGCAGUAUGGUCUAUUUAUUCCUAAACCCACAAAUCAGUGUUUUAGGAGCCAACUGAUAGCCGAACACUUUUGUAAAGCUGAUCCAGAUCCUUAUGGGAGUGGAUUCUUGGAGGAUCAGGAGCAAGGAGCUGUAAAAUGAGGAUCUGGAGCUCUAACGAACAGGCUCUAAAUACCUGCGGUGCCACUCGUCCUUGGUGUGGAGAGUGGACUGGAGACGCUUGGGGAGGGAC